CAGGAAUCUCCAAUUAUUAUCAAUCUUGGCAAUUGCCGAAAGAUCUUGCCGCUAUUGCCCAAGGCCUCUCUUCAAGAUGAGCUAAAUCCUCGCAUGACUGCCUUCCUCGGCGAGAAAGAUACCAAUCAUCUUUGCAGGUCUUGACCUCUCUUAUCAGUUCCACCUCUUUCAUUAUCUGCCGGGACUUUAAGGUCUUUUUCGCCAUGGGCGUCGCCGAUCUCUUCCGACCUUUGACCCUUCCUCGUGGUCCCGACCUCAAGAAUCGGAUUCUGCUCGCGCCCCUAACAAACUGGCAGAGCGAUGACACCGACGGCACUGUCUCCGACGCUGAUGUGCACUGGCUCUCUCGCUGCGCGGCCGGCAACUUCUCCAUGGUCAUGACCUGCGCCGCUAAUGUACAUCCCGACGGGAAGGCGUUCCCGGGCCAGAUGGGUAUCUGGAGCGAUGCGCAUCUGCCGGGCCUGCGCCGCGUGGCCGAUACCAUCCGCCAGCAUGGCGGGGUGUCUUCCGUGCAAAUCCACCACGGGGGCGCCCGCGUCUCCCCCGCACUAAUCCGCGGCCGCACGCCCGUCGGACCCUCCACCAUCUCAUCGGGCGUGCGAGGCCUCACUCUUACUCAAGUAGAAGAAACCCGGGAUGCCUUCAUUGCAGCGGCGGUGCGGGCCCAGCGCUCUGGCUUCGACGGGGUCGAGGUGCACGCGGCGUUCGGCUGGCUGCCGAUGCAGUUCCUGUCGCCCGCCUUCAACCAGCGCACCGACCACUACGGCGGCAGCUUCGAGAACCGGUGCCGGUUCCUCUUCGAGAUCAUCGACGGCAUCCGCCGCACCUGCCGGCCGGACUUCCAGAUCGGCCUCCGCAUCUCCAUGGAGCGGUACGGGGUCCCGCUGACCGAGAUGCGUGAGGUCGCCGCGCGCGCCCUCCGCGAGGCCCAAAUCGACUACCUCGACCUCGCCGUCUGGGACUACCGCAAGAUGGCCGCCGAGGCGCCCUUCGAGGGCCAGACGCUGCUGAGCGUCUUCACCGACCUCCCGCGGCCGGCGGGCGUGCGCGUCGGCGCGUCGGGCCACGUGAUGACAGCGCGCCAGGCGGCGGAGGUCCUCGACGCGGGGUGCGACUUUGUUAUGCUCGGCAAGGCUGCUAUUCUUGAUCCGGAUUUGCCCAAGAAGGCGGAGGUGGAUGAGAACUAUCGCGCGCCUGGGCUGCCGGUGACGACGGAGUAUCUCAAGAGCUCCGGGCUGAGUGAGCGGUUUAUUGAGUAUAUGAGGACGUGGGAGGGGUUUGUUUUGGAUGGCUAGAUGGGCUAG